AAACCCCGUCAUGUUUUCUAAAUCUUCUAAAUGCUUCAGCUUCACCGUGUACAGAGAUUGGCUUUACCGUUAUUCAUUCACGAACGCCGGCCUCCGAUCGGUUAUAACCGACCUCGGUGAUGGGACCACCAUUCAUUGUUGGGUUCCCAAAUCCCUAAAACCGAACAAACCUUCGCUUAUUCUCAUCCAUGGAUUUGGGGCAAACGCAAUGUGGCAAUACGGUGAGUACCUUCGGCAUUUUGUCCCCCGUUUCAACGUCUUCGUGCCGGACCUCCUCUUCUUCGGCGAGUCAUCUACGUCGCGUCCCGAGCGGACGGAGUCGUUUCAGGCUCUAUGCGUGAAGAAGCUGAUGGAAGCACAUGGGGUGUGGAGGAUGAACGUGGUGGGGAUUAGUUAUGGUGGCUUUGUGGGGUACAGUGUGGCGGCGCAGUUCCCGGAGGCGGUGGAUAAAUUGGUGUUAUGUUGCUCUGGGGUAUGCUUGGAAGAACAGGAUAUGAAAAAUGGAUUAUUUAAGGUUUCGGAUUUGGAAGAGGCUACCAGCAUUUUGGUGCCACAGACGCCUGAGAAGCUCAGAGAACUGAUGCGGUUUUCGUUUGUGAGGCCUGCCAGAGGCGUGCCUUCUUGGUUCCUUACUGAUUUCAUUGAGGUGAUGUGUAUGAAACAUGUUGGAGAGAAGAAAGAACUCAUUGCAGCAAUACUCAAAGGUCGACACCUUUCCAACCUUCCCAAGAUCACCCAGUCUACAUUAAUUUUAUGGGGAGAUCAAGAUCAGGUGUUCCCUCUGGAAUUAGCCCUCAGAUUAAAGAGUCAUAUCGGAGAAACUGCUCAAAUGGCAGUUAUUAAGAAUGCAGGGCACGCUUUGAAUAUAGAGAAGCCUAAAGAAUUUGCCAAGCACUUAAAAGCAUUCCUUAUUGGACCACAGUCAUGUAACCACUCACCUUCUAUCAAAGAACAGAUUCAGAAGACAAUAUUUGACUUCCACAGGUCAUGACAGAACAUAUCCCAAAGCAUCCACAAGCUGGAACCACCUUUAUUUAUAGUGCUUUCUGCUUCAAAAGUGAGAGAAAUUCUGAAGUAUCGUGUAGAAACAGCGCCAAAAACGACAUGCGGGAUGCCGGGAUCCAUGUGCCAACUUGUUAUCUCUACACUAUAUGAUGCUUGAGAUUUUUUCCAAAAAAGAAUGUAUGGAAAGAUCAAUGCUUUCUUCAUGUGAUGGUAAGUGGAUCAAUCAGUACAUGCAACCAAGUCUGAUGCAGAGGAGCCUCUGUUUCUUUUUCACGAAAUUUCCAGAAACCUAUGUACAGUGACGAAUGGAAUGCCAGUUUAACGUACAUAUUACGUAUAAUACUGUUAUCUUUAAUUUGUUUUCACACUUGUUCUUACUGUGAUUAUGCUGUAUUGAGCUGGCAAGUUAUGUUCAAAGUUUCACAGGCAAUGAUUUUCAUCAUGGUUUUUCCUUUAAGCCAAUUUAGGUUCAAAUUCC